GCUACUCCUAGGGCGUGGAUCCACGCCUUUAGAACUGGCACCUAGGGCCAGUAUGCAGUGACUCCUAGGAACAGGCUGGCCCAGAGCAGCAGCCAGUUUGUUCGACCAGAGCAGACUGGCUAGUGGUUCCUGGCUUCGUAGUAUUCUUCAGUAGGUAGAAUCUGGAUCGGCGCGUUCAGAAGAGUCGGGUCACGCGGCGUGGUUUCGAAACGUCUCUUAAGUAACAAGGUUCUCAAAACUAGAAUAGUCGAGUCAUGGUUGUGAGUCCUGUUUGUUGCAGAGAGCACCCUGACUAGCAGGCUCGGGUCGUCGGCGUGUUAUGUUAGUCGAAUUAGCACUGCGAGACGGGUACUAGCCUACUAGGCCGUGUGAACAGGAGUUAGCCGCUGGUUAUUCGCUUGUAAGGCUUUUGAGAGUAAACGUUGGAAAAUCUGGAGGUGGGGUAAAGCCGUCUGUGCCACGUAAGAAGCCAUGGAUUCAGGGAGAGCUGACGUCAGCAUGGGAUUUGUGGAGGCGGAGGAUUUCGGGCAACACGUGGAUCUGACGCAGCGGAUUCGCGAGGUGCUCGCGAAUUACCCCGAGGGGACCACCAUCUUAAAGGAGCUGAUUCAAAACGCCGACGACGCUGGCGCUUCCAAGGUCUCCUUCUGUCUCGAUCACCGCACGCACGGCUCGGCAUCUCUCGCCUACGCGCCGCUGGCUCAGUUCCAGGGCCCGGCUCUGCUGGUGCACAACGAUGGGGUCUUUUCUGACGAGGACUUUGCGAGCAUUUCAAGGGUGGGGGACAGUGGCAAGCGCAAGCAGUCCUGGAAGACCGGCCGCUUUGGUAUCGGUUUCAACUCAGUCUACCACCUCACGGACCUCCCCUCCUUCGUCAGCCGGCAGUUCGUCACCUUUUUCGACCCGCACUGUGCAUACCUACCCCGCGUGUCCGCAGCCAAUCCGGGCAAGCGGAUAGAUUUCGUUGCUGCCCGAGCGCUGGCAGUGCAGCGGGACCAGUUCGCCCCUUACUGUGCGUUUGGGUGCGACAUGCAGAGCCCGUUUGGCGGCACGCUGUUCCGGUUUCCCCUGCGGACGGAGCAGCAGGCGGGGAUGAGCAAGCUGUCGAGGCAGGCGUACAAUGCUGCUGACAUGGCUCGGCUGCUGAGGGAAUUCGAGGCUGAGGCAGUCUCCUCGCUGCUCUUCCUCAAGCACGUGGAGCAAGUGGAGGUGCUGGAGUGGCACCAGGGCGCCGCUGCUCCUGUGCCUCUCUUCACCUGCCGCAUCAAUUCCCCUGACUCACCCCUCCGCUUCCACCGCCAAGCCUUCUCCCGCCUCGCCCGCCCCCCUGCUGCUGCUGCUGCUGGGGCUGCUUCUGGGCCCGUAGGAGCAGGGGCGGGGGUGGUUCCUAGUGAGAAGGACAGUGUGGAUUUCUAUGAGAUAGCAUUCGUCUGCGAAUCAUUUGGGCAGAGAAACUCUGCAGGCACUGGUGCUGCUGCCAGCGCUGCUGGUGCUGCUGGUGGUGUUGCUGGUGCUGCUGGUGGUGCAUCUUGGACAGGGUUAAGGAGGGAGGAGCGGUACUUUGUGUCGCAGAGGAUGGGAGGGGCGCUGGGGGCGGUGGGGCGCAUGGCGAGGCGAGCAGCGGAGGAGUAUGACAUCCACCUCGUGCCAUGGGCGUCCGUGGCUGCCAGAGUGGCGUGCGAAGGAGAUACAGAGGGGCCGACGGACGGGUCUUUCCAGGGCCGGGCGUUCUGCUUCCUGCCUCUGCCAGUGCGCCCCAACCUCCCGGUGCACAUCAACGGCUACUUUGAGCUCUCCUCCAAUCGCAGAGACAUCUGGUUCGGCGAGGAUAUGGACAGAGCAGGCCGCCUGCGCUCCCAGUGGAAUGCCGCCCUGCUGCAGCUCGUUGCCGCCCCAGCGUACCUCGAUUUGAUUCUCGAAGCCGCCCGGCGAAUCGGGCCGCGGGCGGAGUAUUUUGGGCUGUUUCCUGCGGGCCCCAUCUCGGAGCCCUGGCUGGGGAUGGUUGGGCAGCUGUAUAAAAGUCUUGCCCAGCUGCCCGUUCUAUAUACAAGAGGUCCUCGGGAGUUGAGUGGGGUUAGUUUGAGUACAGGAACUGGUGGUGCUGCUGCAGCUGCUGCUGGGGGUGUUUUAGGUGCUGGAGGCACAAAAGGUGGGGCAGCUUAUAAAGGGGAUGGGAGCUGGGUGUCUCCCACCGGAGCUGUUUUCAGUGACGAGGAAUUUCGCGAUCCGGACGGCUUGGAGCUAGCUCUGAUUCGGGAGGGUCUACCGAUCGUCCGGGUCUCGCCGAACCUCCGGGAGAUGCUCUUCCGGUGGUCCGUUUCCGUGCCGAAAAUCACCGUUCCUAGCGUGGUUCGCGCGCGGCUGAGAGCGCCAGGUGUCCACAGGGGAUUGGCGGAACGGGAGGACGCGUUACUGCUGCUGGAGUACUGCUUGGGGGAUGUGAUAGAUGAUGAGGCAGCAGAGGUGCUCCAGGGGCUUUCCCUGGUUCCCCUGGCGGACAAGAGCCUGGGGAGGUUUGAGAGUGAAGGGUCGGUUGGGAGAGAGAUAGUGGUGGCUGCGUGGGAGAGAGGAGGGGAAGGCGAGAGAGGUGCAGCAAUGGGAUCGGGUGGAGGGAGAGGAGGAGAGGGAGGUGGAGGGGAGGGAGGGGAGAGGUGGAAGGGGAGGAGGAGUGUGGAGUUUGAGCUACUGAAGGACAGGGCAGGAGGGAGAGUAGUUGACCUCGUAGGUGUGAGAGAAGACGUGUAUGAACGCUUGAGAAACAUCGCUCUCUCUCCCUCCUCGGGCAACCUCUCCCCUCUCACCCCCUCGCUGCUCCUCCGCCUGCUCCAGUCACUCCUCCCCCCCGACUGGUUCGGACAGGACGAGGUCCCUUGGUUCGGCGUCUCCGAACGUGCUUGUUCGGGGAAGGGUUCGCUCAAGGUUGUGGUGGCUGUAGCGCCGCCGUCGGUGUGGUGGGUCGGCCUGCUUUGGCAGUAUCUGGCUGCCAGCUGUAAGGACCUGACGGCGUUUUCUGGGUGGCCGCUGCUGCCUACAAGACAGAAAUCGCUGUGUGCGCUAGAGAAGGGGCGGUCUAGGGUGAUUCUGGUAGAGGAGGAGGAGGGAGGGACAGGGGUAGGAGCAGGGAGUAGUGAAGUAGGGAGCGAGAAGGGGAUGCAGGAAGGAGGGAGAGGGGAGCUGGAGCGGCGGAUUUUGCCUGCAGCUGGUGGUUUCAGUGCCAUUUCUGACCUGCUGGUCAGGCUGGGGUGCCGCAUUCUCUGGAGGAAACUACCCUCUCGUGUGGAGGGGGUCCAUGUGGAGGGGGUCCAUGUGGAGGGGGUCCAUGUGGAGGGGGGUGACCUGCAAGGGGAGUAUCUGCAGGUGGCGCAUCCCCUGCUGCAUGACUUUGUGCGGCCGGCCACGGGAGCGGGGGUGUUGGACGCGCUGCAGUCCGCAGCGGACUGGCUCGGGGUGUCCUUCGCCAUGCUCUUCCAAAUGGCUGAGGCAUCGCAGGAUGGUAUCUCUGCAGCUGCUGGUCCUUCUGGUGGUAGUGAGGGUGCUGCUGCUGUUCCAGCUGGUAGGACCGCUUCGGGUGGCUUGCUCUCUGAGGCUGCGGUCGAGGCUCGGCGGCAGCUCCGGGAGUUCCUGUGCUCGCCGCAGUGGUACGCCGGCAACGCUAUGACGGAGGCUCGGCGAGUGCGAAUCUUCAAGUCUUUACCGAUCUUUGAAGCCUACAGCAACGACCCUUCCACCAACACCAACACCAACACCAACACCAACACCAGCACCAACAGUAGCAGGGGCGGAAUAACCACCAGCAGCGGCACUGGCAGCACUGGCAGCACUGGCAGCACUGGCAGCACUGGCAGCACUGGCAGCACCAUCCCCAUCUCCCCCCCCCCUCUCUUCGUGGACCUGUCCUCUUCCUCCCCUCAGCGCUAUCUCGCCCCUUCAGGGGUGGAGGCAGCUCUCCUAGGCGAGGCCUUCCUCUGCCCCUCAGACGACACGGAGGCGGCUGUCCUCUCCCGGGCUCUCUCCGUUCCCACGCUGCCUCGCCCGGCGUUUUUCAAGAUGCAGGUGCUCGCUAGAGUCCAGGCGCUGCCGCCCGGGCUGCGGAACAGGACGAUGCUUGCCGUGCUGCAGGAGCUGCCGCAGCUGUGCACUGUGGAUCCUGGGCUGAGGGAUGUCGUGGCGAACCUGGCGUUUGUGCCCGUUUGUGAUGGGAGGGGGGAUAGACAGGUGGAGCAGAAGCAGCAGCACCAGCAGGGGGAGCAGCAGCAGCAGCUGGUGGUGGAAGGGGGGGGAACAGCAGGAGCAGGAGAAACAGAAUCAGCAGUAGGAAAUGAGACUCUUUGUCGUCCCGUGGAUCUGUACGAUUCUCGCAAUCCAGAGCUCUGCCACCUGCUUCAAGGAAUGGCCGGCAACUGGUUCCCUGCCGCCCCGUUUUCGUCGUCUUCUGCCCUUGAGAUGUUAUUGAGUGUGGGGCUCCGCACUGCGGUUACCACUGACACGAUUCUCAGCUGUGCACGGGCGGUGGAGCAGGUCGCUGCUACAGACGCGGCUGUAGCGCGGGAGCGCGGGCGGAUUCUGUUGUCCUAUCUGGACGUGAAUGCGGCGAGAUGGGUUCCUGUGGCGCAGGGGGGGAGUGCAGGGGCGGGGGGAGGGGGGGGAAGAAGAGGAGGUGGAGGAGGGGGGCCGGGAGGGGGAGGAGGGGGAGGAGCAGGAGGUGGUGUGUUUGCUCGUGUAUCCAGCCUAUUCCAGAGUAGUGAAGCAGCAGAAGAGGCACAGAGGGUAGCAGCUGAAAUGGCGUCGUUUUGGAACGAGCUCUGCUCGAUUUCCUGGUGCCCGGUGCUGGUGGACUCCCCUGCUCCCCCCUUCCUGCCCUGGCCCGGUGGUGGAGGGACGAAUCCUGCAGGUAGUGGUGGAGAAUCAGCAGGAGGAAUGGGAGGUACAGAGAGGGUUAAAGAGAGAUAUAAAGAGAGAGCAGAUGAGUCUCGGCCUAGCCCUGUCGCCCCGCCUCGCAUCGCCCGCCCACAGAUUGACACGUGGCUUGCGUCAGCUAGCCUCCGGAUCCUGGACGGCGAGUGUCGGUCCACGCUGAUGUGGCGCCAGCUAGGAUGGGCGCGCCCGCUGACGGGGAGUGUGCUGGCGGCGCAGCUGCUGGAGCUGGGGCGGGUGUGCGGGGCGGAGGUGGCGGACCGGGGAGCGGGCAAGGCGCUGGCAGGGGCAGUGCCAAGGAUUUAUACAAUGCUGUCUGACAUGCUGGGGCAGGAGGAGAUGGAGGUGGUCAAGGCGAUCCUCGAGGGUUGUCGUUGGGUGUGGGUGGGGGAUGGCUUCUGCUCCACCUCAGAGUGCGCUUUCACUGGCCCCAUCCACCUGGCCCCCUAUCUGCGCAUCAUCCCUGCCGACCUCGCUGCCUUCCGUGACCUCCUGCUCACUCUGGGCGUUCGAGAGUCCCUCACAGGCAACGAGUACGCGGCCGUGCUUGCCAACAUCGCUAGGGACGCGCAAGGCCGCCCGCUCGGCUCGCGCCAGCUGGCGGCCGCUGUGUGGCUGGUGCAGCAUCUGGCGGAUCUGCAGUUUGAUUCAGGGGCGGCGGGGGGGAAAGGAGGGGGAGGGGGGGGAGGAGGGGGGUUGGACGGGGAGAGGAGGAGUGGGGGAGGGGAGGGAGUGGGAGGGGGAGGAGGAGGAGGGAUGGGGCAUGGAGGAGGGAUGGUGUAUGUGCCGGAUGCACAGGGCAUUCUGGUGCGUGCCCAUGAGCUUGUGUACAACGAUGCUCCUUGGCUGCCCCAGUUCGUGCGCUCCUCUCCCUCCUCCACUCAAGAUUCCUCUGCGACUGGCUCGGCCAGUGAGUCGUCGUCAGCAUCACAAGCAGCAUCAGCAGCUGGCCCAAGUCGCGCCCUCGGCUCAGCAGCACCGCCCGAACCUAACCUCCAAGUCCGGUUUGUCCACGCCAAGAUCUCCAACGACGUGGCGGACAGGCUCGGCGUCCGAUCCUUGCGCCGGCAGCUCCUCCUAGACAGCGGUGCUGCUUCUAUGGCGCUCUCCCUGCACGCCUCUGCCAACUCCCUCUUCUCCCCCACACCCUUAGGAGCUUCUACCACCGGGGAUGCUUCUAGCGGGGGUGCUUCUAGCGGGGAUGGGGUAGAGGCGUUUGGGCAGCACGAGGCGCUGACCACUCGUUUGAAGCACAUAGUGGAGAUGUACCCGGAGGGGCCGGGGGUGCUCUGUGAGCUCGUGCAGAAUGCAGAUGAUGCCGGGGCGAGGGAGGCCGCGUUUCUCCUGGAUCACUCGCGGUUCGGCGCCUCUUCAGUGCUGAGCCCACGUAUGGCUGAGUGGCAGGGGCCGUCGCUGUAUGCGUAUAAUGAUGCUGUGUUUUCCGAUCGCGAUUUGAUUGCGAUCUCGCGGAUCGGGCAGGAUAGCAAGCUGGAGAAGCCGAGUGCUAUUGGCCGGUUCGGGCUCGGAUUCAACUCAGUGUACCAUUUCACCGACGUCCCGGGGUUCGUUUCCGGGCAGAACCUGGUAAUUUUCGACCCGCACGCGUCGAACCUGCCCGGAAUCACCCCCUCCCACCCGGGCCUGAAGAUCAGCUUCGUCGGGCGCGGCCUCCCGGACCAGUUCCCGGACCAGUUCCGCCCGUUCCUCCUGUUUGGGUGCGACCUGCAGUCUGCGUACCAUGGGACUCUCUUCCGGUUCCCGCUUCGGUCUGAGGCUGCGGCAGGGCGGAGCGAGAUCAAGCACGAGCCAUGCACCCCGGAGGAUAUCAAGCAUCUGUUCAAGUCGUUUCAGAGAACGGCCACUGAAGCGCUGCUGUUUCUGAGGAACGUGGGGCGGAUCUCGGUGUUUGAGAGGACGGAGGCGGGUGGUGAGCCGAAGCUGCUCUUCUGCGCACAGAGAGCAGCUGCUGCUGCUGGUGGGCUUGGGGGACCAGCAAUGUCACCAUCAGCAGCAGGAGAAGUGGCAGCAGCAGGAGCAGCAGGAAUGCCUCUAGUGACAGCACUGCCAACGCCAGGGACUGGGCUGAGAUCCAUGGGGGAUGCGGCUGAUGGGGGCAGCUUGCAGCGAGCCAUCUUUGAUUUCGUUCGGGGCAGCCCGCAAAAUCCUCUCAACAAGGACCAGUUCUACCACAAGCUGCAGCGGGCAGCUGACGGGCAGCUGCCCAGACAAUGCGGGCGGAUAACGAUUUUAGUGACCGAUGGGACGGGACACGUGGCGGCUUCUGAUUGGCUCGUGUCGAAUGCGCUGGGAGGCGGGCGGGCGAGGGAGUGGGCUGUUGCGGUGGAAAACAGGCCGAGAGGAUUCCUGCCAUGGGCCGGCGUCGCUUGUCUUAUUCACUGGGAGGAAGACGGGAAUACCGGGCUGGUGAAUCUAAUGGGAGUGGGGGAGGAAUCAGAGGAAGGUGGAGAGGGGGGGGGGGACGUAGCAGAGGUAGCGAAGGAAAAAACGAGACUUCAAGGAAGGGCGUUCUGCUUCCUGCCUCUCCCUGUGAAGACCAAUCUCCCGGUGCACGUCAAUGGCUACUUUGAGCUCUCCUCCAAUCGCAGAGACAUCUGGUUCGGUGAUGACCUGGCAGGUGCGGGCAAGGUUCGGUCCGAGUGGAAUCGGCGGCUCCUGGAGGACGUGGCAGCUCCGGCUUAUGCUCGGAUGCUCGCCGAAGCUACCAAACAGCUUGGGCACGGCCCGGCUUACCAUGCUCUCUGGCCUGGGGCGGGCUUAGGCUCGGGACCUAAUCCAGGGCUGGAGUCAGGUUCGGGUGUGGUGCGGAGGCAAGUUCGGGGAGAGCUGGUGGAGCCUUGGGAAUCGCUGGCUAAUCGGGUGUAUGUGUGCGUGACUGAGCUCGAUUUGGGUGUCAUCUGGACAGGUGCAGCUGGGGGCAGGUGGAUUCCUCCCAAACGGGCAGUUUUUGCAGACACAGGGUACCCGAAAAUGGAAGAUCUUGCAAAUAUUUUGAUCCGGGCAGGCCUGCCCCUGGCAGAUGCGCCAUACCCAGUGGUGGAAAGAUUUCGUGCGGCCUGCCCGCAGCUCAGGUUCCUGACUCCGGCACUCCUCAGGAAGACUCUGAUUGGCUCGGGCAGGCAGAUUCUUUCGAGCUGCCCGGAUGUGGGCCUGGCACUCAACUAUUGCCUGAGUGACAUGGACGUGGAAGAAGCUGCUGAGAAGCUUCCGGGGCUCCCACUCAUUCCUCUGGCUAACGGCACUGUGGGCGCUUUUUCCAAGAUCGACAGGGACGGGGCCAGUGGCAUUAGCGGCAGCAGCAGGGGGUUUGGAUUACUGACUGGGGUGAUGGGCGGCAGUGGUGGUGGAGGGAUGCGGGGAAUGGUUGGCCAGAGGAGUGCAGGCAUGCAGUGGGACCCACGAGCAAAGGGCACGGGCAGCAGCGCGGGCUUUGGAGCAGCAGCAGCAGCAAGCAGUGGGGGGGCGUGUCGGUUCAUAGUGACUCGCAGCGAGGCUGAGUACUCUCUGCUCCUUCCAGGGGCCGCGCAUCUGCUGCUGCACCGCCAGCUGGCGGCCGAGCAGGCAGAGGCAUGGGGGAAGCUGCAGGCCAUGGCAGGGUGGGGGUUUGAGAAUCUUGGUGGUGCUGCUGCUGCUGCUGGUGCUGGUGGUGGGGGUAUGGAUGUGGGGGAGGUGCUAGGGUUUUUGAACGAGCAUCAGCAGCAACUCCAGCAGCAGCAGAAGCUGCAGCAGACGCGAAGGGCAGUGGCGAGUGCGGGAGUGAAUGUGGCGCUGGUGUCGGUGCCGGUGCUGGCAGAGCUGCUGCCGCUGCUGGUGCCGGAGUCAUGGCGCGGGCAGGCCUUUGUUGCAUGGCGUGGCGGACAGGGCGGGCAGGGAGAGGGAGGGAGUGAGGGUGGCGCUGUUACUGCUGCAGCUAGCGCUGCUGAUGUAGCUGCAACUGAAGGUACUCUGGGGCCGCUGAUUUCUCCUCUCACUGCUCCGUCACCUGUAGCAGCAGCACCAGCAGCAUCAGCAGCAGCAUCAGCAGUAUCAGCAGGAAUAGCUUUUGAAGGUGAUGGGAUCGAGUUCCUGGAGUCCGAAGGGCCUUCCUUUGAGUGGAUCCAACAGUUCUGGAGCUACCUCUCCUCCUCCACCUCCUCUCCCUCCUCUCUCCCUGCUGCUGCGUCCUCCUUCACUCCUUCCUCUCAUGCAUCCUCUGCUCUCUCUCACCCACGUCCUCUCCACUCUAGCCUGUCACUGAUCGCUGAUUGGCCGCUCGUCCCAACCACGAACGGGCAGCUGCGGCAGCUGCAGGCAGGGGGCCCUCUGCUGCGGUCGGGCGGAGGGGACGGGUGGAGUGAGAAUCUCCUCGCUCUCUUUGCGCGCCUGGGGGUGUAUGUGGUGCGCAGUGAUGUGAGCCUGGACCAUCCGGGACUCAGAGGGUACAUCCAUGAUGCCACGGCUGCUGGGGUGCUGGAUGCCAUUGCUGCUGCUGCGGCCAACCGUGCUGCUGCUGAUGCUUCUGCUGCCUCUGCUGCUGCUGCUGCUGCUCGGUAUGGUGCGGCUGCCACUAGGAGAGCAGAAAGGGGUUAGGAUCAUCUGGGUUAGGGCUUGCUGCAUCGUUUGAUCUUGCAACAGCGAGCCACCCGACAGCUGCCGCACCCUCUGCUUCUUCCUCUGGAGCUGCUGCAUCUCAAGUGCCGCAUCUCAGCGCACUGCUCUCGCUCUUCCAGUAUGCAACGGAUGGAGAGAGGAGGGAGCUACGCAGCAUCCUGUGCCAGUCCAAGUGGUUCCCCCCAUCCGAUGGAUCUUCUGAUUCGUCUGCUGCUGCUGCUUCAGCUGCUGGUGCUGCUGCUGGGAUGGUGGUUUCACACGCCUUUGGCCUGUCCAGGGGUCUCAAGCACAUCUCAGAACCUGCUGGUGCCUCGUCGCAUCCAGGUGGCGUUCUCUCGGAGCGCCACAUCAGCAUGUUGCGAGCCCUGCCGAUUUUCGAGUCAUACGGCACCUGGUCCCUUCCCGAGUCGAAAGCAGAAGUUGGGAGUCGUGCCACUGCUGCGGUGGGUGCUUCUGCUGAUGCCCCUGCUUCUGCUGCUCGCAGUGGUCGUGUGUUUGUGGAUCUCCUCACCGCGCGCCGCUUCUUCGCGCCGCCAUCCAUCGACGAAUCGCUGCUCGACACGUCAUUCGUCCGCGUCGACUCCGACAAGGACCACCGAAUCCUGCGCUGCCACCUGGCAGUCUCCCCGAUCUCCCGCACCGCCUUCUACCUCAACCACCUCUUCCCUCGCAUCCGAGCAGCCUCUGCAGCCGCUGCCGCUGCUUCUGCCACUGCUGCUGCUACCACUGAAAGAGCCACGAGCCACAGUGGGUUUCAGGGUCAGAGCAGAGAUGUCGCUAUGGCAGCGGCGGUGCGUGUUGUUGGAGGGGCGCAGGCGACAGCGGCAGUGGUACCUCUAGGAGGUGCAGCAGGGGCGCAGACAGCAGCAGUGGUGGUGCCGUUGGGGGGAGAGGCGCGCACAGCAGCCAUGCUGGCAGUGCUGAGGGAGCUGCCCAUCCUGGCAGCAGAGGACGAUCGGUUUGUGAAGGAGCUCAGGAGGCUGCCGUUUCU